GGGCACAGGCGGGGAGGAGCCCCCCGCCCCGGCCGGUAGCGCGCAUGCACACAGCGGCGGCAGUGGCCCCUGAGCCCCGGUGGUGUGGGGUUUGCUGCGUGCCAUGGCAGCGGGGUUGGAGCUCGGCUCUCUCCUCUUCGCCCUUGUCGCCUCUUUCGGUGGCCACCAGCCCGCUGGGGCCGCUGGAGGAGCCAGUGGCAGGAGGGGGGCAGCAGCCGAAGCCUGCGGAGGGAGGGGGCUGUCAUCAGUCACCAGGAACAAUGGACUGCUCAAUAUCACCUUUAAAUAUGACAACUGCACACCUUACCUGAAUUCAGUGGGAAAGCACGUGAUUGGAGAUGUGCAGAAUAUAACUAUCAGUCAGUAUGCAUGUUAUGAACAGGUUGCAGUGAUGAUACUUUGGACAGCAAAUGCCAUUGGGAUUGAAUACCUGAAAGGAUUUCGAGUAAUACUUGAGGAGUUAAAAUCAGAGGGAAGACAAUGCCAGCAGAUGGUUUUAAAGGAUCCAAAGCAGCUCAGCCCCAGUUUUAAACGAACAGGAAUGGAAUCCCAGCCCUUUCUAAAUCUCAAGUUUGAAACAGAUUACUUUGUAAAAAUUGUUCCUUUUCCUUCCAUUAAAAACGAGAGUAAUUAUCACCCAUUUUUCUUCCGAACUAGACCAUGUGAAUUGUUGCUACAGCCAGAAAACCUUGUCUGCAAACCUUACUGGAAGCCAAGGAAUCUAAAUGUUACACAGCAGGGUUUUAACAUGCAAGUGUCCUUUGAUCACGCACCUCACAACUUUGGGUUUAGAUAUUACUUUCUUCACUACAAACUGAAGCAUGAAGGGCCAUUUAAGCAAAAGACCUGCAAACAGGAGCAAAACACAGAUACCACAAGUUGUAUUCUUCAGAACGUGUCUCCAGGGGAUUAUAUAAUUGAGCUGGUUGAUGACACUAACACAACAAGGAAAACAAUGCACUAUGCACUAAAACCAGUACAUUCUCCCUGGGCUGGACCAAUAAGAGCCAUUGCCAUCACAGUCCCUUUAGUUGUCAUUUCGGCAUUUGCAACACUGUUCACAGUGAUGUGCCGCAAGAAACAGCAAGAAAACAUAUAUUCCCAUCUAGAUGAGGAGAGCUCAGAAUCUUCAGCAUAUGCUGCAGGUCUCCAUGUGGAAAGACUCCAUCCCCGGCCAAAAGUGUUCAUCUGCUAUUCCAGUAAAGAUUGCCAGAAACACAUUAAUGUCAUCCAAUGCUUUGCUUAUUUUCUUCAGGACUUCUGUGGCUGUGAGGUGGCUGUAGAUUUGUGGGAAGAUCUAAAAAUUUGUAAAGAAAGACAGAAAGAGUGGCUUAUUAAAAAAAUAAAUGAGUCCCAGUUUAUCAUCAUUGUGUGUUCCAAGGGAAUGAAAUACUUUGUUGAAAAAAAGAACUGGAAACACAGAGGGAUAACCAAAGAUGCCGGAAAAGGAGAACUCUUUCUCUUUGCUGUGUGGACUGUUGCAGAGAAGCUUCGUCAGGCAAAGCAGAAUUCAAAUGAUCUCUGCAAGUUCAUCGCAGUCUACUUCGAUUACUCCUGUGAAGGAGACAUCCCUGGUAUUCUGGAUCUAAGUACGAAAUACAAACUCAUGGACAAUCUGCCUCAGCUGUAUUCACAUUUACACUCCAGAGAUCUUGGUGUACAGGAUUCAGAGGUGUUCCCUGUUAACAUUAGCAAAAGGAAUUAUUUCAGGAGCAAAUCUGGGAGGUCCCUUUAUGUUGCCAUUUGCAAUAUGCAUCAGUUCAUCGAUCAGGAACCAGACUGGUUUGAGAAACAAUUUAUUCCCUUCCCUCCACCUUCUUUACAUUACUCAGAGCCUGUCAUGGAAAAAUUUGAUUCGGGCUUGGUUUUAAAUGACUUAGUGAAUAAACAGGAUGGUGAUUUUUACCUGAAAACAGACAUAAAUGUUAUUUCAGCUGGGAAUUCAGACACUCACUGUAUAAUUCAGCACUUAAACCUUGGAGAAGACAUAGAAACUCAGGACAUUCAAGGUGGUGGCAACUCUGUUCUUCAGCCAUUAUUACAUGUUGUUAAAGCUUCAAAUCUUAAAGAUACGCCUCGAGAUUCUGGAAUCUAUGAUUCAUCCGUUCCUUCAUCUGAAUUAUCUCUACCUUUAAUGGAAGGACUAUUGACCGACCAAACUGAAACAUCUUCCAUUACAGGGAGUGUUUCUUCAUCAUCAGGUUUAGGGGAAGAAGAACCUCCUGUAAUCACUGCUACAAAAUUCUUAGUGCCUGAAAUAUGUAAAGCAGAACUUCAUUGCCACAUCCACACUGAUGAACUGCAGGCAAUUGCUCCCUUAUAAUACACUACAGCAUUAUUAUGCAUUGCCACUUUAGCAACAGCCUCUGUUUGUGCUUUAACUACCACACUGUCUCAGCACUAAAUCUACUUGAAGGAACAAAUACUCCCUGAAGACGAUCCGUUAUUCCUACAAGAUCUUUUUAUGGCCAGUAAACUUGAAUCUGUUUGUCUUUAUCUAAAAGUCUUUCAUGAUUUGAAAAAUGCACCAUGGAAAAAUAGAUGAGAACACAUUUAAAAAUUAUUCCUACUACUAAUUUAAAUGUCAUAAUACUUACAGUGUUUACAGAUGCCAUAUACAAAACUGACUUCUUUUUUGUUGCUAGAAAUAAUCUUGCAACUGCACAUAAAAUAGCUUGGAACAUUAAGUUGUAGUAAAUUUUGUAGUCCAGCCUCUAGUUUUAAGUGCUGAUAUACUUGAUGGCAGGAGUGUUGUAGUGAAUGAGAGCAGAAUCUUUUUCAGAAGGAAGAUAAAAUGCCAAAGGUGAGAUCGAGAAAUUCUCCAUUAGAAGAAAUCAUUUUCCUUUAAAAAUGUUUGAGCUCCUUUCCUUACGGUCUGCUCUUUCCCAAAUGUUAACAUGUCUCAGUAUUUAAUUUUGGAUAAGCACAUCUCCCUCUAUAUAUGAUUCUGCUGUCUCUUCUCCACAAUCUGGCUAUGAUGACUCACAAGUAGUACUGUACUGAGCCUGAAGUAUCAUUUUUAUAAUAGGCAAAUAUAUAGAUCUUGCAUAUGCUGGGUGUUACCAUGGAAGCAAAACUUCCUGUUUUCUUCCUGGAAGGGCUGAUAUAAAGAAUAUUUUAAAGAGAUGGGGGAAGGAAGACCAGAUUUUGUAUUUAAAACAUCAUUCUGGAUUUGUUUAGCCAUGAGCUGAAUAUGCUUUAUGGGGGAUUUCAAAUUACCCUUCAAGGACAAAUCACCUGGGGUAAAACAAGUUAAGCAGUUAACAGGCAUAAAUGCUUUGCUUUGGUUUGAGCCAACCAGUAAACAGAAGCCAAUGAGUUAUUUUGGAGUUCACACUACUUAUCAUUACUUAGUGCUGAAGACAGUAUAUUACUAGUGUUAUAUUAAGAAAAAAAAAUGCUAAAACUGCACUGGACAUUUUCAUCUGAAAAAGCACACAUGUCCUGUCUUCUGCAGUGACUGGGUCAGUACCCCAUCACCCAAAAUAUCCUUGCUGUUUCCAAAGAGCAACUUCUAGUAAGUAGAACCCAUCUAUGUAACUACAAGUCUGGGCACUAUUAUAGUAAGCAUGAUAACAGCAAAUAGUAAAGAACACCGUAUAAAUGUGCCUUUGCUAAUUGUGCUUGUGGGGACAGAUUCUGUCUCAUUUAACCUGUCUUCACAUUCCACUAAUAGGAGGUUACUUUGGGAAUACAUCAAGGGAGAACUCAAACACCUCAAAUAUUCUCUCAGUUUUGAUAGAUGAGAAUUGGACAUUGCUAACUUACACUGUAUUAUCCAUUUUAAUAGAAUGAGGUAGAACUAUUAAGCCAGGGAUGGUUUUGGCUGAGUAGCUGUAAUGCUUCUGUUUUGUUUUGGGGUUUUUGUGCCACUUUAAUCAUUUGAAAUUCCAAACAAAAGACUCUUGAAAUUGUCACAGAUGGAGUAAGAAAGUGCUGUAACAAUUAUUUGACCAUGGCCAUUGAUGGUAGAACUGUGGCAUGCUUUGCAGUUGUAUCAUGUAAUUCUGUUGUCAACUGGAUGUAUGCGUCAGGUUUGGAGAGCCUUGUCCAUGAACAUGAUGGUCUUACUUUUCCUGUUUCCUGAAUUUGAAAGAACACUAAGUGGAAAAGAUCUAACUCACAGUAUCUGAGCAAAUGAUUCUCUACUAAAUCCA